AUGCUCGUCGGCUUUGGUGCCACAAAGGACCAGACCACCCACGAGGGGGUCACCCCGCUGUUUGCCGCGGCCUACCUUGGCAGAUUCAACGUCGCACGCUUCUUGGUGCAGGCUGGUGCUGAUCGAAACCAACGUCCUUCCCCUCAGCUGCGCCUUCAGCAUUUAUGGCGCAGUGCUUCGAAGCCACGUUGGCCAGAGUGA